AUGGUGCUCUGCGCCGAUCCUGACCGAGUGGCGCUGCAGGCGAAGAUGACAGAGUUCGACGCCCAGGGGUUGGUUGAUAGGCCGGGGCGCCGUGACCCCGGGACCAUUCGGAUCCCCAGGGCGGACGAGGCGGCCAGCGAGGAGGCCGCAAGCGAUCCGGCGCCACCGACGGAGCCGCCGAGGCCGGUUCCAGCCCCCGAGCCGAGCGUGCCUGAGCCAAGCGCGCCGAUGGAGCCGGAGCUGCCGAGAGCACCAGCCGAGAUGGAAGCACAGGCGCCGCCCAGCCCCGAGCGGGUGGCAGCGGCCGCGCCCGAGCAGCCAGUGCUGGCUGAGUCUGCGUGGUAA